ACUAUAAUAAAAACAGAUGUCAUGAAGAGAAUCCUAAUUGUAGACUCGAACUAUGUACAAUUCCGUAAUUUCAAAUUGAAGAAAUCUUACAAGAAAACAAUCACGUUACAAAAUGUUAGCACCAUACCAGCGAGGUUUCAGAUAGAGAGCAGACCGUAUCGGUCUAAAUUUCAAGUGACGAUGAAACCUGUUAUAGAGAACAGGAGCGUCAUCGCUCCAGGAUUGCAAAUGAAAUUAAACAUCACGUUCCGUUGCGACCAUAUUGAUUCACCUGAAGAGUUAUUGCUAAUAAACGUGGAACACGGAAGCCCUUUGGCAAUCCGCAUGCACGGAUACAAAGAACCGCCUCUUUUAUUAGGAUACUGCCUAGCUGAAGAGAUACAGUAUUAUUCGGAUACGAGAUUGCAUCGUAGCUGGUACUCGGUGAUGGUGGAAUCGUUUAGCUCGAAAUCUACGAACUCUACUACGAGCAGCGACAAGACCGAGUUCUCUUGUGAAACCGAAGAUAAUACCUUCGUAAGCAUGACUUUUGACUGCAAAAAAGGAUUUGUAGGCGAACAAGUUUCUAUACCGAUGAGAUUUAAGAACAUCGGAGGAACUGGAAGAUUUUUCAUAAUGAGCGAAACCGAUUGGUUCGCAAUGGAUAUUGUGGUGGAAAAAUUGUACAUAUUGUGCGAUAACUGCAGCCUAUUGGCUACGGAGAUAAUCGGGGAUGGAUUAAUGUAUGAGCCAGAUUUUAUCCAGUUUAGUAAAGUAUCUAUACUAUUAAUCCAGUACAGUACAUUAUAUAAAUUAUUGUGAUAAAGAACGAUAAGAAAGCAAAUAAAAUUGUAGCACAUUGAAAAAGCGUGGCCCUACAGAGGGAACAUCGAUAAGCAUGCCAGAUAUUAUAUAAAUUUGAGCACCGACACUCCCGAUGGAAUCGGGCAAUGCGUCAUUUGUAUAAAUAAUACCAGGUGUAUUUCUGAUUUUAUCAAAACGAAUAUACGAAUUUCAUGUGAUAAGAGAACUAAUUGAUUUUUACACAGUGAAAUAUGCAUGCAAUUUCACUGGAAAAAACGAAACGUGGAGACGGAGAAUACAAAGCUGAGUGAAGAGAAUGAUUACCCUUUGGAGUUUCU